AUGUGGAACCCCAUUGCUGUGCUCGCCAUACUGCUGGCGGCUGCUCCUGCGAGCGUACUGUGCACUGAUGCCGCCUGCUCCCCCGAAGAAAUGGAGGAUCCUCAAAUCAAGUGCGCAUGUGUCCUGAAAGGGUACGGCUCAGAAGAGGACAAAGCGCAGUGUUUGGGACGCGAAACUGUCGAGGGACGCCAGCUGGAACGAGUGAAGCGAUGGAUCUUCCGAAUGUCCAACAGCAACAGAGGCCAGUGCGACAACAACCAGAACAACACGGUGUCCUGCGCGGAGACGUCUGGCAACGAUGGAACACAUGAGCAGCGGCCCAGUUUGGUGGACCGGGUUUGCGAACCCGGGAGGAUCUUCAUGCAGGACUGCAACACGUGCCAGUGCAACACCCAAGGCACCGCAGCUAUCUGCACGCAGAAGGUGUGCUACGAAAAGUGCCGUCCUGGAAGCAUCAAGUUCGUUAAUUGCAACGUCUGCUUGUGCCACCCGUACGACUGGAAGUGCACCAACAUGAAGUGUCCGUCAAAGGGAAAACCGACGCUCUGCCCAUCGUCAGCUGUCAAGGAUCACCCCGCCUGCAGACAAGGUCCUUCAUUUAACCCAGCAUUAAGUUUAUAG